CAACGACUUCUUGCAUGCCCUCGCACCAUGGAACUUCUUCGCGCUCCUCUUUGCCUUUGUGGCAGGACGACGACGGUGGCUCGCAUGCGUCAAACAGCCCAACGGCCAUGAACAGCGAAAACUUCACACUGAGCGAGAAGACGGUGCCGGCGUCGUACGUCCGACAGGCGAGUGAAGCCCGCCGCGGCCACGAGCGGCUCAUCGGGCGUCUGCUGGAGCAGGGGAAGUGUCCGGCGGAAGGGUGGAGCGAGGCCACCGUCGAGCUCUUCUUGAACGAGCUGGCCGUCAUGGACAGCAACAACUUCCUGGGCAACUGCGGCGUGGGCGAGCGGGAAGGCCGCGUGGCGUCCGACAUUGUGGCCAGGCGACAUUACAGGUUGAGCCACGGGAUCGGUCGCUCGGGCGACAUCGCGGCCGUCCAGCCGAAAGCCGCCGGGUCCAGUCUGCUCAACAAGCUGACCAACUCGCUUGCGCUGGACGUUCUCAAGAUGGCAGGUGUGAGGAGCGUGAAGAGCUGCUUUGUGGUUCCCAUGGCGACCGGCAUGAGCCUGACGCUGUGCUUCCUGACCCUGCGCCAGCGGCGGCCGAAGGCCCGCUACGUCAUCUGGCCGCGCAUCGACCAGAAGUCGUGCUUCAAAGCCAUGGUCACGGCAGGCUUCGUCCCCGUCGUGGUGGAGAACGUGCUGGAGGGCGACGAGCUGCGGACGGACGUGGAAGCGGCCGAGCGCCAAAUCUGCCGGCUGGGAGCCGAGAGCGUCCUGUGCGUCCAUUCCACGACGUCCUGCUUCGCGCCGCGAGUGCCCGACAGGCUGGCGGAGCUGGCCGUCCUGUGCGCAAAAUACGACCUCCCGCACAUCGUCAACAACGCGUACGGCGUGCAGUCGUCCAAGUGCAUGCACCUCAUCCAGGAAGGGGCCCGUGUCGGGCGCGUGGACGCCUUCGUCCAGAGCUUGGAUAAGAACUUCCUGGUUCCGGUCGGGGGCGCCAUCAUCGCCGGCUUUGACGAAGCCUUCGUCGAGGAGAUUAGCAAGACGUACCCAGGUCGAGCGUCCGCGUCGCCUUCCCUCGACCUCCUCGUCACCCUCCUCACGCUGGGCGCCGGCGGCUACAAGAAGCUCCUGUCGGACAGGAAGGAGAUGUUUGCGCUCCUGACCGAGGAACUGAAGAAGCUGGCUUGCGCGCACGGCGAGCGAUUGCUUCACACCCCGCACAACCCCAUUUCACUUGCCAUGUCGCUAGACGGGCUCGGGGCCCACUGCGGCGAGGCGGUGACUCGGCUCGGCGCCAUGCUGUUCACUCGCCAAGUUUCAGGAGCCAGGGUGGUGCCGCUGGACAAGGAGCAGACCAUCGGCGGGCACGCGUUUCGCGGGUUUAUGUCGCACUCCGAGUCCUACCCGUGCCCCUACCUCAACGCGGCGGCCGCCGUGGGCGUCACCCGCGAGGACGUGGCGCUGUGCGUCAAACGGCUGGACAAGUGCCUCAAGACGCUGCGGAAGGAGGCAAAUGUGGUUGAAAGGCGCUCGCCGGCGCCGUGCCCACUUCCACAUUCAAGUUCAAUCCAGAAAUCAGCCAAUUGAACUCCAUUUAUAUUCUUAGGCGGCAAAAGGACGGCGAAAUGAUUGUUCGCGUCCGGAGACGGGAGAUUCGCGAGCCGAACGAAGGUCCCCUCCGAUAACGAUAGGCAAUAGUAACCCUUCUGUCAGCGUCCCCGCUAGAACUCGUGGUCAUGAUAAUUGUUGUCGUAAAAACGGUCCAAGAAUAGAGCCUUGCUGAACUUCCGGGUAUCGUGCUUUGUUUCCACGACCCUCGCUUGGACACGGUGACUAGUAAUCGAUUUUACGAUUUCCUCCGUGGACAGAGAUGAAACAAAUGUAACGUAAAAACGUCCGUCUGUCAUCAUGAAGCGCUUUCAUGACGACAGACUCUUGGAAUGUGACGCAUGUUUGACCACUUUUGACCGCAAAGGAGGAGCGGAUUGACCUUUUCAUACAUAAGAUUGAACCCACUACAGCCACGAAUUGGAGAUAAUUCGACUUAUGUGUUUUGCUUUUGAAUUUCCUGCUGUAAGGUAUAUUUCUAUGCUGCUGCUUGCAGGACAACACGACACGCGCUCGAGCUUGCGUUUGUAAAAAGUGACCACACAAUGUUCUGAACGCACACGCGCACUGCGGGCAUACGGCGGAGAAGAGCCGAGAACGGGUUUGACGAGGAGCCGCCGAGGAGACGGGCUGUGUUCCGAAAGGAGGAUUCGCCCGGCGUCCGGAUCCCGCGGGAGAAGGAAGAGAGUCCAGCGCUCGACCGCGGCCUUGUAAACUUGCGUUUGCGAUUUCGUUGUAUGAAAUCCUUCCGACGGGUUCGGUGUAUCGGGAUUGUGAUUUGCAAACGGGAUCACCGAGUAAACCUGAAAAGCACCGGGACGAAUGAGUCGCAUCGGGGCUUUUUCCUUCCGGGCCUCGCUUGGAAUUCCUCGCAGUGUCUCACUUGUGGAAUGCGCUCAUGAUUGACGUGCACACUGCUGCUUAGGCACAGUCGGACGCAGCCUUCUGUCAUGCUGCAGUGCAGUUGUUGUUGUUGUUUUGUUUUUUUUGUUUUCUUUGUUUCUUUUUUGGGCUUCAUGAAGGCAAAAUGUGACUUGACCUCAAUAAACAUUUUCCAGUGGCGGAAAAAUAAAAGGGCUGCCUUUUUCUGCGGGUGCGGUGCUGCGGACGUUUUGAGUGGAGUCGCGGUGCGGGU